AUGUGCAGAUUGAUAACAUUUGUCCUAGGUGCACUGCCCAUCUUGAAACUCCAUAUCAUUGCUUGGUGGAGUGUCCUUUUGCUAGUGUUUGCUAGGAGCAAACAAGGAUCAGGAAGGAUAUCCAAGUGGAAUGAGCUUGUUUGGUCUGAUAAACAUUCGACUGCUGCUGGUGUCUCUAUCCUGGCCCAAACAACCCUCUCUAGUUGGCCUCACGCUCAAGACAAAGUGUUGGUUCCUACAGCAACAUUUUUAAUAGAUAUGGAUGGAUUGGAGACAUGGCAAAAGCCAGUUGAUAUGAAGCUGAAAGUAAACGUAGAUGCUGCAACUUUUGACAGCAGUGGUACCUAUAGCUUUAUGUGCGUGGCUAGAGAUGCUAAUGGAGAUUUGGUGGAGGCAAUUAUCGUCUGUCGGGCAGGGAACAUGUCACCUAAACUGGCCGAGGCAAUGGGGGUUAGGGAGGCUUUAAGUUGGGUAAAAAAAUCAUGUCACUGA